CUAAUGAGAUCGUGAUUCCUCUGAACCUGUUCAAUGAGUGUGCUCAUUGUUGAUUCAAUGAACGAAUUUCUCUUUGUCUCUUAUUUUCAUUUUAUUUUACAUUUAUGACGAAAUCAGGAGACCCAUUGAUCCACGGAAUCAUAUUGAGAACGCACAUGAAAAUUUGCAUGCAUAUCGCGAGGCUCGCCUCAAUAGUGGGACAACUUUAAACUCGUUCUUUCAAAUUAAUCAUCUCUAAUUCUCCGUCCCAUGUGAUGUGAAUUAUCGAAAAUGACAACUAAAGAAUUCUGACAACCCGAGUUGAAAUUCCAUUCGAAUUAAAUAGGUGGUAAAACGAUUCCGAAAUAAUGCAAAAGUUGAUUGAAAACUUCGGGGGGAAACUUAGAAAAAAAGUCGAAUAUCGUUCGAGGAAGGUUUGAAGGUUUGAAGAAUUGAAUUUUGAUGAUGGCCUCGUCAUUUUUUUUCGAAAAAGCCGAGUCAAGUAGAGGUGGGGAAAGAAAAAACGAAAAAAGCGCUAUUGAGAAGUGGAGCUAGAGCAUUGGUUGAUGGCUCCUCUCGCCCCCGCGACCCCGAAUCUCUGUCAUCGCCCCUUGAAUGGAUGCGUUCCCCGGAACCCGAGAGAAAUUGAGAGAGAAGUGGAAUUGAAGUUCAUCGAUGCAGACGGAAAUCUCGAAACGUACGAGCUUUUGGCGCGCUCUCAUCGAGGAUGAGCCAAGGGGUUGAAGGGGCCGGAGCGCGGGACAGAAAAAGAGCAAACGCAAAGAAGAUUUCCGAAAAAAUGGACGUCGAAGCAGCGUUACUGGUGACGUCACCGACGUUGUCGACGAUUUCGACAACUUCUACGACGACCGAGCCCCGGCUCGAUGAUCAUAGUUAUCCUGAGAACCCAGAUUCACCCGACUGCGAGACUAAACCGGUGUUGAGAAAACUGAGAGACGACGAACUGACCUUGACUCCAAGACCGACUCCGAGACAUCCACUGCCACCGAGGAAACCAAAGUUUCGAAUUCGGCCGCCGUUUCUUAUGAUAUGUAUCAGUAUCAUUGAGAUAAGCAUCCACUUGCUGUGCGACACAUCAAUAAAAGAAUGGCUGGAUUAUCAUCCUCGAAGGAGAAUCCAAGGUUGGAGGUUUGCGUCCUACAUGCUUUUGCACUCGGAUGCAAUUCAUCUGAUAUCGAACGUCGUUAUUCAACUCGUACUUGCGACUCCACUCGAGGUCGAACAAGGGCGACUGGCAGUGGCUACGGUUUAUCUCGGUGGGGGUGUUUGCGGGGCGUUGGGAGCAUCGCUACUUCAUCCAAGUCUGCAUCUCGUUGGUGCAUCGGCAGGUGUCUAUGCUCUGUUAACCAGCCACCUGGCCCACUUGUAUCUGUGCCACGGAGAGCUCCGCUACGCCCGUUGGCGUUUGUGCGCUGUGCUUUUAUUAGCAGGAGCCGACGUGGCAGCAUUUCCCGUUCCAGCGUUGCUCGGCAUCGGAAGGGUUGGUUGGCCGGCUCACGUAGCAGGUGCCCUAGCGGGUCCUCUUCUUGGUCUUGCAGUCUUUCCGAAGCAAAGCAAAAAGGAUGCUCGAGGUCGUCGGUUCGUUGUUUUCGUCAGAUUCAUCUCGGCGGUUAGUCUGAUGUUGCUCAUUAUCGGGGCGAUACUCGGCAACAUUUAUCUCAUCGCGCUUCCCCAAUUGCACGAUCCUUCAUGACAGAAGUACGAGCUACUUGUCAGACUGUGCAAGAAAUCAUUUCUCAUAGUGAAAAUUCGAGAGAGCGUUCAACGAAUUUUCGAAUGAAUCGACGGACCGACGGAGACACAAAUCAAAGAGUCAAUAAGCCGCUGACUUGAAUCUUUAAGAACCUCAAUCACUUUUUCAAAAGCCACAAAACGGGGCAACCAUUUUCAUUAAUUUAUCGUUUCAUUAUUUAAAAUAAACGGUUGAAAAACUUGUAUAUUAUUAGAAUAAGAAUGUCGUAGAUAAAGAAAAAGUAGCUAGUCCAACGCGUUUAUAACAUUCGUCGGCUGAUAACAUUGACAAGUUGAUCUCAUCAGCAUCAUUAGAAUCAUCACUAUUAUCAAUAUCAUAAUAAUCUCGAAUCCUGACUCUGGUGGAAUAAAACAUCGAGCGAAAAUAUUAUAUAGAUCGCUCAGCACCAGCGAAUGGCUAUCAGUAUAAAACAAUCAAUGAAAAGAAAAAAAUCAUCAGCACAAGUUGAAAUGUUUGAAAAUCAUCGCUGUACUGUCCAUUGAAAAUUCAUCGCUCUGCCAUUAAAUUUACCUUGAGUUAAUGUACAGAGGCCAAUCAUCAGAUACACUUCGACAGUUAAAAACGCCCUCCGUAAACGAGAAUUCAUUGGCUGUCUUCCCUUGUAUAUCAUUGAUUGAGGGUGAAAAAAAAGGAUGAUAACUUCUCGUUCUUCCUGAUUUUCAUCGUGUAACUAACCGAGUAGCGUCUUGAAGUGCGGUGGAUUAAACUUUGGAGAUUUCACUAUCGGGUAAAUUUUGUUUUUUAAAUGUCCUUCACCGCACAACGUAAUUAUUGAAGGGUGAAAUACAUCGUUGAAAAAAAAGGCACGAACAGUUCGAUUUUCGAGAAUCUCAAUAGUAUUCGAACGAUUUUUGUUUCGUUUCUUUUCGGAUCGAUAUUCGAAUAGUCUCUAAAUCGUGUUCAUUGCAUUUUUGAGCGCGCGUUGCAGACAUACACGUUAGUUGGAUAAGGCAAAAUAGAUAUUCGAGAUCUCGUUAAAUUACAGUAUUAGACAAAUUCCACACGAUGAAUCGUUUCAAAAGAAUUAACGACAUUGAAAUUCAUUCGAAUUUGUUCAGAAUGAGAAAAAACGACAUCGGAACUCUCUUAUUUCACUGCCCGUUUAAUAAUAGACAUUAUUAUUCGAUGAUAAGAACUGUAAAUGAGUUAAAAUCGGAAAAGAUUUGAUACCGGAAUAUUAAUAUCCACGAUGAUAAAGAGAAUCGAUUCUUAUUCGAAUUUCGUCUCUAUUUCCGGCCCCGAGUGGAAACCAGAAAAUAGAUUGAAAAUACGACGAGACGCACCGGGACAGAAAAGUCUCGACUGUAAAAAGUCAUCACAUUUCACGUACGGGAAAGUUGAAAUCGAAAGGAAAAAUUCAAAGUGUCGUGAAGAAUGAAAGAAUUGUGCGAAAUGAUGAGAGCGAAGAAAAAUUGUUUAUCGAUAUUACGUAAAGUAAACUGGCUGUGAUUAUUUUAGUCUUAUCAUCAUCGAUCGACACAAGUAUGUGGAGUGUUGAAAUUUGUAAAUAAUUGAUAAUAAUUAAUCGAACGCUAUGUAUAUCCGAAUCAUAACUGAAUUCAUUUACAUCCUGUACUGCCAAUAAGGAUAUUUCAUAGUAAUCAACGAUAUGAUUGAUAACAAUGAUACCUAAAUAAAUAAACUUGAUAAAAUAAAAUAUUCGUAAUCUAAAAAAUAGUAUUAAUAAUGAUAUUAAGUUAUACUAAGGAAUUAAGUGGUGCGUGUGUGUAUCGAAACAAUCAAUUACGUGCAAUAAUAAAACAAAUAUUUGGAAAUAGAAGAGAGAGAGAGAAAAAAGGAGCGACGAGCGACAAGAGUGGAAGAAAUACAAAACGUCCAAUUAAGACAACAAAAACAAACAA